AUGAAUAAGAAACUUAAUGUUUUAAUGUUUGUUUCAGAUCAUCUGGGUCAAAAUAGCAGUAGCGACGUCAUGGCUUUCAGGGCUGUUCUCAAACUGACGCCUUCAUUUCCAACGAAUCCUAUUUAUGAGGAGCUGUGUCAGAUGAUACGCAACCACUCGGCUGCGCCCCCGUUCUGUGUGCCCAAUUAUCAUAAGCUUUACGAAGACGCCUCUGUACCAAUCGAAGCGGCUCAUCUAUACGACGCAGUGGUGCUCUGGGCCAGAGCUGCCACCGCCGCGAUGCGGGCGGGGCUCCCGGCAACCGACGGGGCCACCCUGAUGAAGCUUCUUCGACCCACUACCUACCGAUCUGUUCAGGGUUUUGAUGUAAGUUUUAUUGAAGACACCGACACUAUCGUAGUAUACGUCAGCAUCAUGUUUGAUGUUAAAAAAGUCAUUAAAAAGUGCCAGAGCUCUAGCAGUGGGAGCGUUCUGGGCCCGACGAGUACGAAUCGCACCGCGCGCGAACAGAGGCCUUCGUCUACGCACCCCACCCUCACCAGUGUCUUCCGCGAUCAGUCGCGCCUGCGGUACAAACAAACCGAUGCGCUCUAA